AGCCCGCGCUUCCCUAUUCUAUCCGAGAUGGUGAGGGACAUCAUGGCUAUCCCUAUAUCGAGCGUUGCUUCUGAGUCUGCAUUUAGCACGGGUAGUCGUGUUUUAUCUAAACUUAGAAGCUCGUUGACUGUUAAUAUGCUGGAGGCUUUGAUAUGCGCUGAGGAUUGGCUCAAAUCUAGUUCGUCGGAUAAAUUUCUCCAAGAUGAAGAAGAUGUGUCUGAGACUGAGUUAGAGAAGGAGUUUGAAUCGGUUUUGACACAACUUGGGAUGAGUGGAGGACAUGGAGUUCGUGGAGAAAGUAGUGGAGAUGUUCCUAGUCAGACAAGCCGAAGUGUCUUACCGUGAAUCCAUUUCUUUGUUGUUUGUGUUGACUGUUGAACUUUUGACUUGUUUUACUUUAUAUUAUGUUAUGUUUGUUGCCUUGUUGGUGGAGUUUAGAUUAAUUUUAUUAGAUUUUUUUAUGGAUUGAAAGUAAUUGACUUAUUAUUGU